AUGCGCGCGAGUUUGGAGGCCCCGCACCUGCGUGCCCGCGGCUCUGCUCGUUCUGACGUUACCGGCUUUGGCAACGUGGAGGCCCGGUGCCCUCGGCGGGCGCCGGCCCAGGGCCCCGGCCAGUGCCCAGCCCCGCUGGGAGCCCGCAGCACCACGGACGGCACCCAGGAAGCCCGAGUCUCCCUGGACGGGGCCUUCUGGAUCCCGAGGCCCCCAGCAGGGUCACCCAAGGGCUGCUUCGCCUGCGUGUCCAAGCCCCCCGCCCUGCAAGCUCCCGCGGCCCCCGCCCCGGAGCCGUCCGCGUCUCCCCCCAUGGCGCCCACGCUGUUCCCCAUGGAGUCCAAGAGCAGCAAGACGGACAGCGUGCGGGCUGCUGGUGCCCCCCAGGCCUGCAAGCACCUAGCUGAGAAGAAAACAAUGGCGAACCCGACGACGGUGGUCGAGGUCUACCCCGACAGCAGCGAGGUGAACGACUACUACCUGUGGUCCAUCUUCAACUUUGUCUACCUCAACUUCUGCUGCCUGGGCUUCAUCGCCUUGGCCUACUCCCUCAAGGUCCGGGACAAGAAGCUUCUCAACGACCUGAACGGGGCGGUGGAGGACGCCAAGACAGCCCGGCUGUUCAACAUCACCAGCUCCGCCCUGGCAGCCUCCUGCAUCAUCCUCAUCUUCAUCUUCCUGCGGUACCCGCUCACCGACUACUGA